CGAAGUCAACUGCCCUCGCCGAAGAAAAAAACGAAUCUUGACCAAUUUCCGCAUAUCUGAAUUGCUAGCCAAUUCACGUCUCUCUCUGUAAACAGACAUUUAAACGUCAAUACCAGCACAUUCUUUAGCCCCUCCAAAACCCCAUUGCUACCGCGGCAACCUCAAAUACUCGCGAAAACGAUACAAUGAAGACCUCUAACAUCCUCGCAUCUCUCACUUUCGGCGUUCUCGCUGCCGCUUUCCCCUUGGACAAGCGCGACUUGGUCACCAAGACCGAGGUUGUCGUUGAGACCGUGGUCGUCUACACCACCGUCUGGGACAGUGAGGCUCCGUCAACUGUUGCCGCCAAGGCUACCUCGGACCCUGGUCUCUUCUUCGAGAAGCAUACUAGCUCUAUUGCCAAACCAACCUCCGUAUAUACUCCUUCCGCUGCCGAACCCUCGAGCGUAUACACUCCCCCGGCCCCCACCUUUUCUCCUGCUCCAUCUUCAGUCUACACUCCCCCGGCUCCAAGCUCCGAUGUUGCAGCACCUUCUUCAGUCUACACUCCUCCAGCGCCAGUUUCCAGCGCCGCUCCUGCUGAGACCAAGGCUCCAAGCGGUGGCAAUGGCGGAGCAGGCUCUCACCAUGGAGAUAUCACCAUUUAUGACAACACUGGUGCUGCCGGUGCCUGCGGCAAACCCCUGACGGAUGACUCUAAGAUUGUUGCUCUUGCCAAGAAAACAUGGGGCGACUCCACCUACGAUCCUCAGACUGGUGCAUCUACCAACCCCUGGUGCGGCAAGCAGAUCACCAUCAGCUACAAACAUCCAUCUGGAGAAGUCUCGACCACUGAUGCCACCAUCAUGGACUUGUGCCCUGGCUGUGCUGGACAAUACGAUAUUGAUCUGUCCCACGCCACCUGGCAUGCCCUCGGCCUCACUGAGAUCACCCGUCUCCAGGCCGACUGGUGGGUCUCCGGCUAAGCGCCCUAACCUCUCGAUCGCCUUCGUAAAAGACCCCUUUCCAGCUUUUUGCGCAGCACAUAUACCCAAAGAUUUUUAUCUCUCGCUAGCGCAGGCAGGUCAG